AUGUAAAUUUACAAGCCAAUAAUCUCUAUAGUCAUAAUUAACCAUGUACUGGUUAGUAAUUCCCCAUUUUUGUUGGAGAUGGAUAAUAUUGCUUUCGGAGGAUUAGGUUACUACGAUUCAGAAAAUAUCAAUAAACCACUUUUAGGAUUUUAUAAUUACGUGAACAAGCAAGUUUCUUGGCUUUACUAUUACUAAGGUACAACAAUGGAUCGUGUCGUAGCUAUUAAAUUUGAUAAUGAUUAGUUGUACUUUUAUGCUGCUACAAAAAUCAAUUACAAAUUACUUAGAAUUGAAGUAAACUCGGGUAAUGUUGUCCAGUCUUGGCAAGUUAAUUACGGAUAAUCUGAUCUUAUUUAUUUUAACACGUUAAUAAUUGACAAGAGAAAUCAACCAAUUGUUGGAUUAUGUGGAUGGGAUCUUAUCUAGGGCUGUAGUUACAAAAUUAUUUCUUAUAGCUUGAAUCCAAGAGACAUUAACUGGAGCACAAACUCAGCUCUAAACUCAAAUCCAAGAUCAUUCUCCUACGAUUCUGUCAAUGAUUUGCUUUAUGUAGCUGGGCAUGAAAUGUACGCUUCAAUAAAUGACUAUUUAUUUAUUUUCAAAAAAAAUGCUUUGACUGGCUAAAAUAUAAAAUUAGUGGUAUGGAAGAUUACAGGCUCUUAAAAAAAGCUUGAUAUAAAGUUACUAAAUGUUUAAGGAUAAACUGCGGUUGGUUGUCUAGCAUUGCAAUCCCCAGGUUCAUAUUUUGGAUUUAUUGCAUAUGAUUUUGACUCAGAGCAUGAGAAUAUUAGAACAGUUACUCAGACUGGAUCAGUAUUUGAUUGUGUGGGUAUUUAUUUCUUGACAGAUAUAUUCAUGCUCUACACUGAAUUCAAAAGUGGAGUAAAUAUACUUUGGUAUGCUUCUUCAGGAAUAUUUAUAACAGCUGGAAAUUUGUUAAGUAGUGGUACAAAGACUUUAGGCUUUUUUUAGUCAAACGAUGAUACCAUUAGUUGCUAUAGUUUUAAAUUUACUGAUUCAAGUCAAACUUAAACUAUUAAUCUAAAUGCUUAAUCUCUAACAAAAUACACUACUACAUCAGAAUCAUCAGGGUUAUUGAUAUACUAUGCAACUAAUCCAAUUACAAAAAUCCAAGUCAACUUGAACCAAGUUACUACUUCUUUAUGCAAGACUAACGAUCCAUUUACACUAUAACUAAAUUCUAACUUACCUUCAGAAUAUGUAGGUUCAGGUUGCCCUUUAUUGGCGGAUUUCAGCUAUGACCUCUGGGAUUCAAUCACAGAUUUAGAGUUUAAUCAUUUUUAAAGUCAAGUUUUCGAUAAGAGUAGAUUUAGAUUAACCAUUUAGACAUUAGCGAUUCAAGAAGGAAUCUAUGAUAUUAAGCUUAGAAUGCUUUACAGUACAGGAGUUGAAAUAUUACCUCAGUACAGUUUUAAAAUAGUAAUAACAUCAGAUCCUUGCGGUGCCUAAACAUUAGUACACAGCUAAUAAUUACCAUCUGUUGUGCUAUAUCAAAUAAAUAAGACAGGAGAUAUGAUUAUUUAGUAUGAAAAGUUCAUCAGAUCACCAGUAUAAUGCACAGAGAUUAUUAGCUACAGUCUAAAAUUAGAGGGAUUAGCCUUAUUACCUAGCUUUAUAGUUUACAAUUCUAUAAAUAUGUAAUUGAAGGUAUUUAGUAUUGACAAUAAAGAUUCAGGAAUUUACAAGGUAGAUUUAACAGGAACUUUGAAAACCACUUUAGGUUACCAAGUUUAACAUACACUAUCUUUUCAGCUUUAAAUGGUUGCUGAUAUUACGAUUACAUCAUUACUAUCAAACUUACCAAAGAAUGCCUUAGCAACCAACUUUUUGUAAACUUAGGUUAAAUAGACUGUGUUAAAUUAAUACAUUGAUUCCAAUAUUAAAGAAGUCAUAAAUGAUAGCACCCCGCCUAACUUUAAUAUAAAUCCUAUGAAAUCUGAAGAUGUUGGAAAUAUGAAAAUCAGGAUUGAAUACACGAAAAAUCAAUUAGACUGCAUUCUAUAAGUAGAGUAUUCUGAAAUCAGAGUGACUGUUAUAGAUAAACUUGCCCCAUUAAUGAACUAUAAUAUUUCAGAAGUAAAUUAAACUUAAAAUGAAGGGUAAAGCUACAUCACUAAAGAUAAAGCAAUCUAAGCUAAAAUCUAAUAGAUUACUAAAACAGGUAUCUUAUAGAUAAAGUUUUCUAAAGAGAUGAAUAUCCCUCAAAAUUACUAGCAAACAAUCAAUAGUUAAGUAAUUUAAAUUUAGUAUACUAGUAACAAUGGUAGAGGUGAAUUACUAGCAGGUUGGGUAGCGCUAGAUGAUCUAAAUUUGAAGUUCAUAACUAAUGCAUAUUUUUAAUCCAAAGAUGGAAAGUAUUUGCUCUAAAAAGGGGUAACAUUGAAAACCAAAAUACCAAGACAAUAUUCUAAUUCUCUUGAGAUGUAGCAGCUGUAGACUGUUGCAGAUAUAGCAAAGUCAACGAUAAAUACAAUUGUAGCAUCAAAUCUCGCACUGCAAAUAAUGACAGGAAUUUCAAUGCAGCAAGUCUGGGAUCUUGUCAAUAUUUUCUAGCUAAUCAUACAUAUGGAUAGACUUAAGUUGAACAUAGAUACUCCAGAAAUAUCUGUAAUUGAAACUGGCUUUGAAGAGAGUGGGUAUGAUGGAUUGAAUGUGAUAAAAAAUGUUAUUGGGAUACUUGCAAUAUAUCUUGGAUUUCUUGCUGCUUAUGAGGACUCAUCCAGUCUUACUUAGUGUAUCUGA